GACAUCUGGAUCAUCAGGGUGAGGGGCGCUGAGUGCGCCGAGGUGUCCACCAACGACCGCACGGCCAUGGCCAGGAAGUGGACUUCCGAAGCCACUGGCAGGUACCUGGACGGCGGCAAGGAGUCCGGCGGCAUGCUGGUUGACCAGCGUUUCUGCACGCGCAUCGUGGAGGGCGAGCUCUGCUACAGCAUGGUGGCGGACAAGCUCGUGGGCAUCAUCCACGAGAAGCCCAAGAGGGCGGCAUUUCGGCCGCUGGCGGUACAGGAUGAGCGCGCAGAGGUGGUCUGCUUCAAAGAGUCCAACGGCGCCGCCGCGAGGCCUGCCUCGGGGGAGCCAGAUGCCGCUGCGGUGUCCGAGCGCGGCGCUAAGGCGUCCGACGCCAAGCCGGCUACCGGCGCAUUGGGCGCGGGGGCUGGGGCCGCCAAGCUGCGCGGCGCGGGCGCGAGCGAUGGCCUGCACCUCGUCAGCCCCUGUGGCGGACUGGACAAGAGGUCCAGCCAUCGCCGCUACGACUCCACCCCGCUUGCUGCCGGCAUGGUCAGCGCCAGCGCGAGCUACCGGCUGAUCCACCGCUUCCGCGAGGCGUGCGAGACAUUCCUCUGGGUUUGCUCCAAACUCGACUUCCUCAUCGGGCGCUGCAGCCUGGGGCAGAUCAACCCGAACUGGGGCAACCAGGGCAAGGUCGGCGACGGUUUGCGCCCCAGGGUGCUCGAGCUGGUGCUCGAUCAUUGCGAGCUGCACGCGCUGGGGCGCCAGGAUCUGGCGCGCCCGGCGGAGGCGCAGCGGAAGCCUGAUUUGAUCGAGAAGUGGCCGAAGGAGGAGGAGCUCCAGUGCGCCGAGGAGCUCACCGACGUGUUCAAGACGCUGGACUCGCGGGGAGCGAAUAUCCUCGUGGACCAAUGCGAGCUCCAGAAGACCAGCCCCUUCCUCCUCGAGGCGCUGAUGGCUCGCGCGCCGUGCCAGGCCCAGCUGCGGGUGCUGCUUUUGGCUCUGGACACGCGGCGGGCGCCAAGGAGUGCCGCGACCGUCCUGCAGAGAAGCGCGUUCACGCACUGCGACGGGAAGAUCUUUCGCCAGCUCCGUUGCGUGGCCGGCCUGAUGCAGCGCGCCCUGGCGCAUCGCCAGACACGCCCAGAAUGCCUGCGCGAGCUCGUGCGGCGCGGCCAGCAGAACAUGCAGACUGUCGCCCCAGUGACCAUCGAGCUCUUUGGCCAGACGGUUGCGAUCAAGAACGCGGAGAGGCCCGGGGGCUGCAUCCCGAACGAGGGCGCCCUCUACUCCCUGGGGGCCGUCCGGAGCGCGAGCGCCGAACUGGAGGCCCACCCUGGGUGCGCCCAGGCGGGCGCGGCGACGCGCAGGAGGUCGGGCGCGUUUGCCGCGGGGGCACCUCCUGCGGCCCUCGAGGAGGUCGAGCUGCCCAGCCUCCGCCGGCUGAACUGCGUGUGCGACCUCCGCGUCUGCGCGGCCGCGUUGACGGAGCGCCUGCGAAGGCACUCCUGCAAGAGGCGCAUCGAGGUCUACUCCAGUUGCCCCCCCGCGGUCGGGGCGCGGAUCGACGCGGGCAGCUCGGCGGGCGUCGCCAAGGACCUACUGCGAGGCAUUCGGGGCGCCGGCCCCGUCGAGGCGCUGGCGACAGAGGCGGGGGGUCGCAGCCGCCUCCGCGCGCUGCGUCUCUCGUCGAGGCGCGGGCCGCAGAUGGCCGCCAGGGCUCGUGCCUGGGCGACGCGAUGGUUUGCCGACGACGCCGGCCGGGGCCCGGGGGCCCUCCCGAAGGCUAGGGCGUUCGUCGACUCGGCGAUUGCCGGCGGGUACUUCCGCGACCCUCGCCUCACGCGCGCGGGCUACAAGCGCGCCCGGGGCUCUUGCGACGAUCAGUUCGCGGGCGAGACCAGCAAGAACGGGCCCUUCAGGCCGCCGGCGCGCUACCUCGUUGAGCGCCAGAGCCCCGUCGUCCACCAGAUCGCGCGCACUUCGCCGCCAGCGUCGACGAAUGCCGACGACGUCUCUGUCGCCGCGAAGGCCUUCAUAGAAGCCUGGCCCCCCGCCGUGGCGAUCGAGUUGCCGGGGGAGGGAGUCUCGCGCAUCUCCGCGCUCAGCAAGAACGAGAACUCUCGGAAUUUCCUGAUCUUGACGGGUCAGGGGCACCUAGAUGCGCGUCGUGGAUCGCCCCAGCCGCCCGGCAACCGCGAUGGCCCGGGCGUCUCCGCGACCGCGCUGGGGCAGUGCGGCCUCCUCGAGGAUGCGUUCGUCAUCUGCGAGAAGUGCAGCGUGAAUUCCCAGUCCACGGAGGCGCCCCUGACGACCGUCGAGGGCGCCCGGCGCGCCAUGGUGCAGCUGAGCCGCGGCCAGUGGUCAGGGGCUAUCGAGACUCGCCUGAAGGCCGAGGGCGCCGCUGGCUACGCGGAGUUCAAAAAGGCCACCGCGCGAGAGGAGAUCGCCGAGAUGCGCGUCUGCCUGCGGCCUGCAGUGAUCUCGGAGACCGAGAUAUUCAGCAGCUCAUUUCGCUGUUGGAGCGCCCAGCGCGGACCAGAGAAGCAUAUGGAUUUCACCCAGACGUACACGGCGAGGCUGAGAAUUCCGAAACUCACAAACGCACGCGCGCGGCUCCACCUGUGGGGGGCGGCCAUGUUCCUGCGCUCGCGCUGCGGCGAGUACGGCCAGGCGGCGGGCGCCGCGAUGGCCCGCGGCGCCUCGGCCUACACCCACUUCGUGUUCCUGAUGGCCGCGCAGAGGUCGUCAAACAUGGAGCUCGAUUGCCGCGCCAUCUCCUCCUACCUGGGGGGGGGGGGCCGGCUGCGGCUGAACGCCGUGCUCAGUGCCAUCUCGUCAAAGGCUUGCAAGGCGGAGCGCUGCGCCGUGGCCGACUUCGGCGGAGUCUGCGUCGGGGGCCGCGCGGCGGGGCUCUGCGCCUGGACCUCAAUGGGCGGCCAGCUGCGCUACGACAUAAUCGUCGACGCGCUGGUCAGCAUCACCCACGAGCAGCCGAAGGGCGACGGCAUCUUCGCAGCUGGCGACGCAUGCUCCACCCGCACGUUCUACGGCUCCAGACGUGUGAAGUUCACGAACAUCACCAUCACCUUCCUGACGAAAGACCUCCGCAGGGUCAUGCUGGGCGCUCGGGCUGGCCGACGAGCUGGCCUCAGUCUGGCCGACCGCCGACUUACUUCACCCCGGAGGGAAUCAAAGUUCAACCAGGCCUGCGCUCGCAGCCGGCGAACCACGUUCGCAAAGGGGGGCGCGGUGAGCACGCCGAUCCGCGUCGGCCCAGUGGCGCGCUCGCAUCUGGCGCGUUGCGUUCGCGAUUGCGGCGCAGCGGGCACGCCGGUCCGCAUCGGCCAACUGGUGCGCCCACAUCUGGCGCGCUGCGCUCGCGAACGCGGCGCCGCGAUCGCGCCGACCCGAAUUGGCCCUCCGGGCGGGGGGGCGCGUGAUUUGGUGAUUUUUGAAGAGCCACGCCGGCCCGCUGGAGGUGGAAAUUAG